AUGAUCUUUUACUAUCGCUAUGGAGCUGUGCUCAAUGAUGCCAUUCAUCUCCAGAGUUUACCGGCUGCCAGAGACAAGAGGUGUCAGCCCUCAGGAUUUAUAGGACUUGCUGUGAGCAGCGUGGUCGGACAGCUGUGGGGGGAAGGGGGGCAAGCAGUUGACCACGUGGACCUGGCUGGAAUACAGAUGCAGAAUUCAACGCACUCUCCUCCUCUGGCGCUACAUCUGACGUUCGGCACAAUUUCUGAUAUUAAUUAUGUCUACGGGGUGAUAUCACUGGUUGGCUUUCUGAUGAUCAUUUUAUCUAACUUCACAGUAGUAUCCACAGUAUAUUUAAACCAGAGUUUGCACCAACCCAUGUAUGUUUUUAUAUCUGCCCUCUGUACCAAUGGUCUUUAUGGAAGCACCUCCCUUUUCCCCAGCUUGAUUGUCAACCUGUUUUAUAAGACUCAAAUCAUUUCCUAUGCAGCCUGUAUCAUGCAAAUUUUCUGUAUCUAUUCCUAUGUGUCAUGUGAGAUGAGCAUACUAACGGCCAUGGCCUAUGACCGCUAUGUGUGUAUAUGCAAUCCGUUGAGGUACGCCACCAUUAUGACCCUAACUAAGGCAUUCAAGGUCAUUAUUGGUGUGUUGCUUUACUCUUUUAUCAUAAUCCUUGUGCAUAUUAUACUGACAAUGCGACUUCCUCUUUGUGAUAAUGUCAUCCUGAAAAUCUACUGUGAUAACUGGUCAUUGGUACGACUCUCCUGCAUCGAUACAACACUGAACAAUGUCUACGGCCUGUAUAUUACUGUAACCAUAUUAGGGGUGAUGCCGUUGCUGGUUGCUUUAUCUUACGUUCAAAUUUUGAAGGUUUGUACAAAGUCAAAGAACAAUCAAUCCAAAGCAAUGCAGGCCUGCUCCCUGCAACUGAUAAGUCUUGCAAUUUUUGUUAUUGACUGUCUCUUUGAGGUUUUACUCUAUCGCCUGGGGCCGACCCAAGUACCCUAUGGGCUUAGAGUAGCAAUGUCAAUACAGAGCCUGGUGGUGCCACCAUUUGUAAAUCCACUCCUUUAUGGAAUAAAGAUGAAAGCAAUAAAGGUGAAGAUACUGCAGUUUUUUACUUUGAAGAAAACAUAA